CAAUAUGGCGUCUGUCCUGACUAGGGUUCUCCAACUGUCAGACAGUUUCUUGCUCUGUUCUGAUUUUGAAUGAACAUAAUGGACAUUCUGACUAAAGAUAUAGGUGUUGUCCAUUGGGGAGGAAGGAAAUUCUGUCAUUUAGAACAAUGGGCCUGCUUCUCUAUCUAUAGAUGCAGAAAAGGGGAGAGAGAAACGAGUGAGAAAUAGAAAGCAAGAAUAAGGACUAGAGGACCCUUCUUGUACAUCAAAAUUUAAAAAGAUAUGCUAAAAACUGGGUGAAAGGACAAAUUCUGGUAUAGCAAAGCAAGGCCUCAUGCAGAAAAUGGACUAUUUAAACCUAAUUAUUCUGGAAUAAGGAGACACAGAACCAGCCUACACUGGAAUUCAUUUUACAUUAUUAUAAUACACUUCACAAACAACAACAGCCAUUCUGAAGAUUUAUCCUGAUAUAAAGAGGAAGCCCGUCACAGUGGAUGGAGGAGUCUGGGAGUCCCCGAUUUAGGAAACUUCAUUUCCCAGUGGGGUUGUGGAUAAAUUCUCCACGGAAACACUUUGCCAAGCUUGGAGCUCGCUGGCCCAGUGCAGCAUCAGUCAAGUCCACAACUAGCUCAGAUGCCGCUUCCCUUCCCGAGGCCCCAUCAUCAGUCCCUUCCUCCCUCUCUCACUCCACCGGUUCUCUUGCCCCACCCUCUCCAUCCCCUUCUCCAGCCUUCCUCCGCCCUCGCCCCGCCAAUCAGCAGUCCCGGGCCAAGCGGCUGUCUCACCUUUUCCUGAGAGGCCGGUCCAACAGCGACCGAGACCGUGCCAUUGGAGAACAUGAGAGGGAAAUAUGGGCACAUUCUGCCACCCCGUCAUCACAUCACUACCUGCCUCCCGCUUCCUCUAAUGCCCCUGGGCUAGUCAAGAUCUAUGGAGAUGCCCUGUCCAGUGGAGCUAACUAUCGGAGUCUGCUGGCAAACAUGUACUCCACUAGCCGCCAGCUCAUUCAGCAGGUCAUCACCCGCUACACUGAGAGAGAAAGAGAGAACGAAAGCGAAGACACAGCUCUCCAGAAAUAUUCCCCUGAGGACUUCCUGUUAUGUGAUGUCAUUGGAAAGCCCAUUCAGCAGCCAGAUGGAGCCAUUAAAUGGCAAACUGAGUGCCGAAGGAGUGUGGCCUCCUGGGAAUGCCCCUUACAGCUAGUGGAUAUGUGGAGGCCGAAGGAUGGUUUUGAACGACGGUUUGAGAUCCAGCGCCUUGAUGAAUAUGAGAGGGAGGAGAAAGAGAAGGAAAGAGAAAGAGAGAGGGAUGGAGAGAGCUAUCAAGGAGUCCGUUGGAGGCGGAGCCGCAUGUCCUCUGGGGGAGGUCCAGAAGAAGAACGAGGUCAUCGAGGCCGGAACACAGAACUGAGGAGGAGUAUUAGUGAUAUGAACCUGAGUCUAAGACGUCGUCAGGGCAAUGUGAGCAAUGACCCCCGGCGUUCUGGCAAUGCCCCAAAUGGACAGGACAGAAAGAACAUAGUGAGCAUGAUAGCAACUGAAGGUGGAGAGGUCACUGGGUCAAGAAGUGGUGGAGGCGAGACAGACAGGCGCACUCGGCAGGCAGAAGAAGAGAAAGACACCUGUGACCUGGAAGUGAUGUCGCAGAGUCUGAUCCUUCCACCGACAGAUCGGCCUUACUUCCUGUUACUGCAAGGCUAUGACCAGAGCAAGGACUUCGUGUUGUACAUAAUGGCGGGUCACACACAUGUUUUUGGGCGGAAGCCAACAUUCCAGGAGCGUGAGAUGGACAGGGAGAGAGAGAGGAAGGGGAAGAGGCCUCUAAAAGUGGACACUUACCUCUCAGCCCCUGACCUGCUUGUCCGACACCUCCUGAUCAGAAGAGACACGGCCGUCCCAGAGCAACCGCGCGGUCAAGCCUUGGCGCGUCCAUUCAGAGGAGGACCUGUCACUCUUAAUGGAGCUCCACUUUAUAGGGAAGCAGUCCUAAAACCAGGAGACUUGUUGGGUCUUGGCAGCCACUUCCUUUUCCUUUACCGUGACCCCCGUGUGACCCCCGCUCCGCCCCUGGCCUUACCGCCACCGUGGCAAGGUGACAUGUCAACUUCCUACAGCCCUGGCGGGAUGACAGAUAGACAGGAAAUGCUCAGGCUGUAUCUGGGGUCCACAGAAUCGCUGCUGAGAUUUCAGGCCAAACAUGCGGAUGCCCUGCUGCAGGAAAUUAUUUUGAAGAACUCCAACCCAGAUUCAGGGGGCGGGGCUUUAGCACCUGCCUAUCUUCUGUCGCUCAUGAUUGACUACGCCUCUAAACAUCUGGAUCCUGCAUUAUUACCUCAGCUACUUUUAAAGGCAGCCAAUCAGAUCAAAGGAAUUGUUUGGGACAAAAUUAAAGAGUUCGGUGACAAACAUCCAACACAAAACUCAGCAGAGGCCGAUGUUGAACUUCCUCCACCAAGCAUGCAGAAGCUCUCCUCUGACCUUCGACCUCUCAUGUUCUGGAUGUCCAAUGCCACGGAGCUCCUCAACUUCUUUCAGGUCAAAGUUGAAGCCAUGGAAAAAGAAUGGGAAUUUGAAGCCCCGGGUGACCCCGUUCUCUCAGCUGACAUGGACACCUGUUCUGAGGCGCUGGCACAGCUGGAUGACGUCAUUAUGCACACCUUUCAGCAGUGUGUUUACCAUCUGACCAAGACGUUAUACUCCUUGCUCCCAGCACUGUUAGACACUAACCCGUUCUCCAGUGAGGAGAAGAAGAAAGGAAAAGCGGGAGCAAAGGACAGAGAUGGUAAUGAAGGGCAAGGAGAUGAGGAAGAAGACGUCUCCACUUUGCCACCCACCGUCGCUGGACUGGUGGACGUGUAUCGCUGCUCUCUGCAGCUCUCCCGAGAAGCUUGCCUCUCUCCACCGCUAACCUCCCAAACAUUUGGCUACCUUUUCUUCUUCACAAACACAUCUCUUCUCAACACACUCUUGGAGAGAGAUAGUCUAUUCUCUUGGUCACGUGCGGUUCAAAUUCGAACAAAUCUGGACCUGGUCUUAGACUGGCUACAAGGAGCAGGCCUUGGAGAUAUUGCGUCAGAGUUUCUAAAGAAGCUAUCAGUUACGGUCAACUUCCUGUGCAUACCUAAGACCCGCCUUAUUCAGUCAUCCUGGUCAAGUUUACAGGAAGAACAUCCCUUGUUAAAUCCAUCCCAGCUUCAACAUCUUCUCACUCAUUAUAAGCUUGGACCAACGAGAGCCCCACCAUCUUCAUGGGCUCCGCCUCUCGGUACCGAACUUGGAGGUGAUAUUUUUGAGAGUUUUUUGGACCAUCCUCCUCUUAUCCUGCCUAAUGAGACACCUCGCCUGGACCUGAAUCAACCAAUCCCAAGCCCCGAGCUAAUGAAGGAAGUGACACGCCUGCGAACAUUCCUGUGGGGGCUUGACCACGAUGAACUUCCUGCUAAUCAGCGGACUAGACUGUAACAUUAAUUUGUAACAUUAAUUCAUUCCAGUUGUCAAAUUAUGAACAUUAUCUAGCUCUCACAUAGAAAAAACUACCAGUCUUUAGACACCAGUAGAUAUUCAUAUCAGAUGAUAUUCCUUCUUCUGUGUUUUUUUUUUUUUUUUUUUUGCCUGUCGAGCACAUCUGUUGGAUUUUAAUGCACUGACUUCAUUAUGACUAUGUAUAAUUCAUUGCAUUAGUUACUUUAAAUGUUUAUGUUAGAUGAGAUUCAUUGCCUGGUUGCAAUGAUAAAUGCCAGCCUAUUAUUUUACACAGUAUUCAAAUGUUCUUUAGGUUUUUUCCACUGUCAGUCUUACUAAAUAUGACACUACAAUAAACAAUUUAAGCUAUUAUGAUCAGAUUCAUCAAUUGCAUUGAUUAUAUAUAUACAUAUACAUUUUUGACCACAUUUCUGUAAUAAAUAAAACUUACAUUU